CAUUUGCCUAGCCUAGUCCGGGAAAUUUUGUAAAUAAUGGACGGAGCAUGACAAAGAGGGGUGGCGAUAUAGAAUGGACAUCAACAUGUGUUUUCUAGGAUUUUUGACUUGUUUUGUUCAUCUUCGAGUAUAUGUGUUUGGACAAGUCGGCAGUGGCAUGGAGAUGGAUGUCAACAAGUUCUUCCCUCAUCUCCUGGAGAAUUCCAUGCACGCCAUUAAUCCCAUGUCCUUAAACAACGCAGGGAACGACUGCCUAGGAUCCGGGAAUAAUAUAUAUGGGAAUAUUCCCAUGGGAAACCCAAUGCAGACGGGAUUUAUAGCAAAUGAACAAUGUCCUUGUCAGCUUCAGAUCAACUCUGUGGGUUGUUUUGUCUGCAGUUGUAGUACUGAAUCUCCAAAAACUGAUAAUAACAUAAUGACACCAAAUGUUCCCGGAUUAAAUAUGCCUUUCCAGUUUCCAAACGGACCUGCACACACUUCUAAACAAUACACAGACAACUUAUCAACAAACAUGCCAACUAACCAGAAAAUCCAAUCGAGCACAACCACAGUUUCCUUCGCGCCAAAAGGGACCCAGGCAAACGUUAUUACCUAUUCUACCUCUUUGUAUAAAGCUAUAAUGAAAACAAACGUUGAGAAGACGAAUUUCAGAUCGUUCGUGAUAACACCAUCUUUUUCUCUUGGAGACUCUUAUAAAACAGGCUACAACAAAGCUAUAAAAGAUUCGAGUUUUCCACACGAGUAUACAGCGGUCAUCGUAGGCCUUGGGACUGCCUUGUCCAUAUUUCUCAUUCUUGUCUUAAUCUUUGUGGUGAAGUGGAGAUCGACCCGGCGAGAGCUUCGAAGACAACAGAGUGAACUGUAUUUUGUGGAGAAGGCCAAUCGGCAGAGUUCGUUAGUUUCCGACAUCACCCUGGAACUUGAACGAGAAAAGAGGAUGUCUGUGUACUCUGAAGUGAGUGACGAUAUAGAGCCCUCUUCCCCACAGGCUGACGUUAUCUUGACCCCGACAGCCCCGCCUUUAACGCCAGGCCAGAAACAGCAGACGGCAUUCUGCUACCCGGCAGACGACAAUCGACAUGACUAUCUGGAACUGAUUUAGAGCUGCACAUCUAUUUAAUUGUCAUCAUGCAAUUUCCUGUUUAUUUUAUUAUUUACCAAUGAAAACAGUAUUGUAUGCAAAAAUUCAAUAAUCUCAAUAUAUUUUCAGUUAAAGUAUAAAAUGAAAUGAGCAAGAUGAAUAAGACGAAUUAAAGAAUAAUUAUU